AUGCACAGGGGCUGGAGGCAGAAGGCAGACGGGCACCAUGGAACCUCAGGUGGACAUCUGAUCGGGAGCGGCGCGGAGGAGGCGCUGCUCCGCGCCGCGGAGCUGCAGGAGGCCAUGCUGCUGGUGCUGGAGCAGGCCGCGAGGCUGGCGCUGCGGCCGAGCGGCGCGGACAGAGACAGGGGCGUCGACGCGCGCGUCGCGAGCCUGCUGCGCCUGGUAGCCGAGGUGGAGAGGCUCGAGUACCACCUCGCCAGGCUGUGCCGAGAGCGCUCGCCAGUGGGGCCCGAGCUGCACGACGUGGCCGUCGCGGCGGCGAGCCUCGUGCUGGAGGUCGAGGCCGGCACGGAGGCGGACGCGCGCGCGCUGAAGCUGCUCGCGGCGGAGCUGAGCGAGCUGAGGGAGGACCAGCAGGCGCUGGCGGAGGCCUGCGGCUCGCUGCGCGAGCGCGGCGAGUCCGCCGGGCACGACCUGGACGCCCUCGUGGAGGCGCGGGACGAGGUGCCCAAGCUGGUGGCCUCGACCGCCGUCGGCGCCGCGGGCCCCGGAGAGGGCGCGCUGGGGCCGGAGACCGCGGCGUUGGACGGCGCGGGCGCCAGCACGCGGCGCCUUCUGGACGUCCUCUCCGCCGGGCUGCGCGCGCUCGAGGCCGAGGCCGACGGGCUCCUCAGGUACCUCGACGCCUCGGGGCUGCUCCGCAGCCGGGUCGCCUUGGGCCACGCCGGCGGGCGCGCCCAGGCGCCCGGCAUCGCGGCCAGCGGUCUGGCCUUUGUGGCCAGCGGCCUGGCCGAGGUGCGCUCGCGCGGCAGCCAGUGCGUCGAGGGCGGCGCGCGGGGCCACGUGAACGUGCGCCUGACGCACCCGGGCCAGCCCUCAGGGUCCGGGGCCGCCGCCGCCCCCCGGACGUCCGGCGGCUCGAUCUCUUCGAGGCUCAGCUUUGCGCCCUGGUUGGCGUUUGAAGCGAGGUCCUUCUCGUGGGUGGCGCCCGCCGGCACCCGCGACCUGCGCGUCGUGGCCGAGCUGCGGCCGCCCCGGGCGGGGCAGGCGCACCGCGGGGGCGGCGCGGCGCUGUCGGCGCGCUGCGAGGGCACGCCGCCCGGGGAGGCGCUCGUGGGUGCCAACGGCUCGCUGCUGGGCGCCGGGGAGCGGCGGCCCGCCUCGCUGGGCGGCGCGACCUGGGAGGGGCCUCGCAACACAGCGGAUGUGUUCACCCUGGUCUUUGUGACGUGCGAUUGGUUCAGCUGGAUCUUGUUGCACAACGAGCAGACCAGAGGAUUUAUUGAUCGCGUGUGGGCGUGA